CUGUUUUCUAGGCGGCCAAACAGAAAAACUUUCACUUUGCUUACCUGGUGUUGCUGCAGUGGAUUGUGUUAAAGAAGGACGAUCUUGGUAUUGAAUUUCUGCUACCCAAUUACGCCAUCGAUCUCCGGAUUAUAGAAACAGAGGAUUCCCAAGGAAACUUCGGAUUCUAGAAAGAUGCCCCCCUGCUGGAGAAUUUCCACGGAAUUCCUUCGCCCUCAAUCCUCCGCAUCUACAUUCACAUCAUCUCCUGUUUCUGUGCGUUUGUGCCGUUUCAAAAACCACGUUAUUAGCUGAAAAUAUUACCGUUGAUGUGAUCUAGCCGUUGCAAUGUCAAAACUCAAAAGAAAAACUCCUCCUAUUUUCAAAUCCUUCCUUUUUAGAAUCAAAAUUCGACCCUUAGCUUUUUCCUUUACACAAAAAUUCUCUGUUUAUCACUCUCCACGUCCACGCAAUAAACAAUUUCUCUGGGUUUGUUUUAAAUUACAGUAUAGCGCUUCAGAUGGGCUUUUGCGAUGGGAGUUUCUUGCAGUUCUUGCUGCUGUGCUGGUUGGGUUUACAGUUCUAUUUGCAGUUGUUUAUGCCUUUUUUGUCAAGGUACUUAAUUUUCAGAGGAGACAAAAACUAGGCUUGAAAAGAGUCCCUAAUGCAAACCCCACCUUUGUUUGAAUCUGAAGUGGCAGACUAACUGCAUCCAAUGAGCAUUAGCAUUAGAUAGCAGUUGAGUAGGAACCCUAGAUUCUGUUACUUACUGGGUGUUUACUAGUAUACGAAUGGAUUGAUGGUUGUUGGACUUUUAUUUUUGUGAGGUGAUUAUCCAGAUCAAAGAACCAAUGCUGGAUUACUUGGCUGGAGAGAAGCAACAGGGUUUUUAGAGGGGUGGAGUCUUUUCUUUGUAAGAUUGAGUACUUAUGGUUUCACAAUCUGCUUUUUUGGUUCAAUGUGGAGGGUAAGAGACAUGAGAAUGUGAGAGAGACAAUUUUGGAUCAGAUGUAACCUUGUACUUCUCUUGGCACCUCUUGGGUCCUGUUCUUUUAUGAAUUUUCAUUUUCCAUUCAAAAUUUUUGUGAAGGUGAUUUUAACUUUAGUUAGUACAGUGGUCACGGAGAACAGUGGACACUCGAACCAAAAAUCUAGUUGAACCAUUGAAGGUAUGAUCUUAAUGAGGUAAUUUAACUUUAGUAUGAUCCAUGGCUGUAUAACAUCCAUGUAAUUUGAUAGUUUAUCAAAAUAAGAUUGUAUUAUCAUUUAAAAUUACUAAUUUUAAGCCUAGAGACAAUUUUAGGGUUAUGGCAAGAUGCCCCUUCUGGACCUUGUUCAAAUGGACAAAGGGGUCCGUUCUAACGUGCCCCCAGAACAUUUGAACACACGUUCAUAUACAAACUACAAAGGCAAAAUUAGGGUUUUGUUCUGACCCCUUUUUCCUGAGCAGUUUUUGUUCAGAGCCUUUAUCUUGUACACAAGAACUUUAUAAAAAUUAACAUUAUGCAGAUUAUCAGUAUUAUAGUUAAAGAAGAGCCGCUAAUCCUUGAGAAAACUCAUUUUUCAAUUUUCUUUUUUACAUAUAGUAGUAACUAAAGAAUCUAAAAUUUGUAUUUGUCAAGUUGGUUUUCAAAAAUAGGUUUCUGAAUUUUGGUGGGUUUUAGGUUUCAUUGGUAGCAAAAUCUGUAAACAAGUUAUAAAUCAUUGUGAAUGGCUGGUGAAAGCAUACAUAGUGGGAGUAGCAAUUUUCGAAGAUGGAAUUCUUUGAGUUUGAGAAGCAAUGCUGAGAUCUUUUCAAUAUCUUCGAGAGAAGACGACGAUGAAGCAGCUCUGAAGUGGGCUGCACUUGAGAAGUUGCCUACGUUUGCUCGUAUGAGGAAAGGCUUAUUGACUACAUCGCAUGGAGUUAAUGAAGUCGAUACACAUAAUCUUGGAGUCCAAGAAAGGAUGGGACUGAUAGGCAGAUUGGUAGGAGUUACUGAAGAGGAUAACAAAAAGUUUUUGUUGAAUCUCAAGGACCGCUUUGACAGAGUUGGAAUCGAUUUUCCUACAAUUGAAAUUCGGUUUGAGAAUCUAAAUAUCGAAGCAGAAGCAGAUGUUGGAAGCAGGACUCUGCCAACAUUUGUCAACUACUUUGUCAAUGUGUUAGAGGGAUUUUUGAAUUCUAUCCAUAUCCUUUCAACUAGAAGCACACACUUGACUAUUCUCAAGAAUGUUAGUGGAAUCAUCAAACCAUCCAGAAUGACUUUGCUAUUGGGUCCUCCAAGUUCUGGAAAGACCACGCUUUUAAAGGCUUUGGCUGGAAAGCUCGAAAACACUCUAAAGCUUUCUGGGAGAGUGACAUACAAUGGCCAUUGCAUGAAUGAGUUUGUGGCCCAAAGAACUGCAGCCUAUAUCAGUGAGCAUGAUCUCCAUAUGGGAGAAUUGACAGUGAGGGAAACCUUGGCUUUUUCUGCAAGGUGCCAAGGAGUUGGGAUGAGAUAUGACAUGUUAUCAGAAUUAUUAAGAAGAGAGAGAAAAGCUAAUAUUAAGCCUGAUCAUGAUAUGGAUGCCUGGAUGAAGGCAGUAGCAACAGAGGGGCAAGAGAUCAAUGUGAUUACGGAUUAUAUUCUAAAGAUUUUAGGACUAGAAGUCUGUGCAGAUACAAUGGUAGGGGAUGAGAUGAUAAGGGGUAUUUCAGGAGGGCAAAGAAAGCGUGUUACAACAGGUGAGAUGCUUGUUGGACCGGCCAAUGUGCUGCUUAUGGAUGAGAUAUCUACUGGCUUAGACAGCUCAACAACUUUCCAAAUUGUGAACUCGUUAAAGCAAUUUGCUCAAAUUCUUAAUACAACAUCUAUCAUCUCUCUUCUCCAACCAGCACCAGAGACAUAUGAUCUAUUUGAUGAUAUCAUCCUUCUAUCAGAUGGUCAGAUUGUGUACCAGGGUCCUCGUGAACUAGUGCUGGAGUUUUUUGAAUCCAUGGGUUUCAGGUGCCCGGAAAGAAAAGGGGUGGCUGAUUUCUUGCAAGAAGUGACGUCAAGAAAAGACCAGAAGCAAUAUUGGGCACGUAGAGAUGAGACUUAUCAUUUUGUUACAGUAGAGGAAUUCUCGGAGGCGUUCCAGUCGUUUCAUGUGGGAAGAAGACUCGGAGAUGAGCUUACAACUUCAUUUGACAAGAGCAAGAGUCACCCAGCUGCUUUGUCAACCGAAAAAUAUGGCGUCAGCAAGAAGGAGCUGCUUAAAGCUUGCUUCUCGAGGGAAUUUUUGCUCAUGAAGAGGAACUCAUUUGUUUACAUCUUUAGGCUGACCCUGCUCAUGAUAAAUGCGCUGAUUGCAAUGUCCAUCUUUUUUCGGACUACGAUGCAUCAAGAUUCAAUAAAUGAUGGGGGAAUUUACACGGGUGCUUUGUUCUUCUCCGUGGUUGCAACGAUAUUUAGUGGCAUGCCUGAACUUUCCAUGACAGUUAUAAAGCUUCCUGUGUUUUACAAGCAAAGAGACCUCUUAUUCUAUCCUUCGUGGGCAUAUUCUCUUCCUUCAUUGAUCCUCAAGAUCCCUAUCACAUUUGUAGAAGUCAGUGUCUGGGUCUUUAUCACCUAUUUUGCCAUUGGAUUUGACCCUAGCGUUGAAAGGUUUUUCAAACAGUACCUAUUGCUCUUCGUUCUUCACCUGACGGCUUCGGCAUUGUUCAGAUUUGUUGCUGUUUUGGGGAGGAAUAUGGUAGUUGCUAACACAUUUGGGGCAUUUUCUCUGGCAAUACUUUUUGCCUUAGGAGGCAUGGUUCUUUCACGAGAUAAUAUUAAGGUUUGGUGGCUAUGGGGAUACUGGACGUCGCCCAUGAUGUAUGCUCAGAAUGCAAUUGUAGUUAAUGAAUUCCUUGGAGAGAGUUGGACUAAGGUUCUUGCAAACUCCUCCAAACCACUCGGAGUUAUGGUUUUGAGUUCACGGGGGUUCUUCACUCACGCAUAUUGGUAUUGGAUAGGAUUGGGUGCAUUAUUUGGAUACUUUCUACUUUUCAACGCCAAUUUCACUCUAGCUCUCACUUUCCUCAAUCCGUUUAGCAAGCAUCAGACUACUAUACGAAAAGAAUCUCACAAUGAUGCUGAAGGUAGUGCUCGUCACAAAGGGAAAAAAGAUGAUGAAGUGUGUGGAGGUGGAAAUGAAAUUACGAGAAGCACCUCAUCUGGGCCAUUGUCCUUCGGAGAGGCCAUUGGUGAAGCAAACCAUACGAAGAAAACUGGAAUGAUUCUUCCCUUUGAACCCCACUCAAUCACGUUUGAUGAAAUUACGUACUCCGUUGAUAUGCCACAGGAAAUGAAAAAUCAGGGUGUAAUUGAGGACAAAUUGGUGCUUUUGAAGGGUAUAAGUGGUGCUUUCAGGCCUGGUGUUCUAACAGCCUUAAUGGGUGUUAGUGGUGCCGGUAAAACUACUUUGAUGGAUGUUCUGUCUGGAAGGAAAACUAGUGGUUAUAUUGAGGGAAACAUCAAAAUUUCAGGGUACCCAAAGAAGCAGGAAACAUUUGCUAGAAUAUCUGGAUAUUGUGAACAAAAUGACAUCCACUCUCCACACGUCACUGUGCAUGAAUCCUUGAUCUACUCAGCUUGGCUUCGACUUCCCCCUGAAGUGGACAAUGCAACCAGAAUGAUGUUCAUUGAAGAAGUCAUGGAGCUUGUAGAACUGAACGCUAUAAGGCAAGCUUUGGUUGGUUUGCCUGGUGUUAAUGGUCUGUCAACCGAGCAGCGCAAGAGGCUCACAAUUGCUGUUGAGCUAGUGUCUAACCCAUCUACUAUAUUCAUGGAUGAGCCAACUUCAGGACUGGAUGCCAGAGCAGCAGCAAUUGUUAUGAGAACAGUUCGAAACACGGUGGCCACUGGGCGAACGGUUGUGUGCACAAUCCAUCAGCCAAGCAUUGAUAUAUUUGAAGCUUUUGAUGAGCUGAUCCUAUUGAAGCGAGGAGGACAAGAGAUAUAUGUGGGGCCUCUGGGUCAUCAGUCCUGCCAUCUAAUCAAGUAUUUUGAGGAUAUUCAAGGUGUCGAUAAAAUUAAAGAUGGUUAUAAUCCAGCCACUUGGAUGUUGGAGGUUACUUGUUCAGCACAAGAAAUGGUUCUAGGAGUUGAUUUUGCUGAAGUUUACAGAAGUUCAGAACUGUACCGGAGAAAUAAAGAUCUUAUUCAGGAUCUUAGCAAGCCUUCUCCCGGUUCAAAGGAACUCCAUUUUCCAACUCAAUACUCACAGUCGUUUUGUGCCCAGUGUAUAGCUUGCUUGUGGAAGCAACACUGGUCAUACUGGCGCAAUCGACAAUACACAGCCCUAAGAUUUGCCUGCACAGCCAUCACAGCGUUGAUGUACGGUUCAAUGUUCUGGAACAUAGGAUCCAAAGUGGUAAAGCAGCAAGAUCUUUUUAAUGCGAUAGGUUCAAUGUUUGUUGUCAUUAGUUUUCUUGGUGUCCAAUAUGCUUCAUCAGUGCAGCCUGUUGUGGCUAUCGAAAGAACAGUCUUCUACAGAGAAAGAGCGGCAGGAAUGUAUUCUGCCUUGCCAUAUGCCUUUGCCCAGGUUGUAAUUGAACUCCCAUAUAUUUUCGUUCAAGCCACAAUCUAUGGUCUCGUGGUCUACGCAAUGAUCCAGUUCGAGUGGACUGUGGCUAAAGUCCUUUGGUUUUUCUUCUUCAUGUAUUUCACAUUAUUGUACUACACCUUCUAUGGCAUGAUGGCAGUGGCUUUGACACCAAAUCAACACAUUGCAACCAUCAUGAGCUCUACAUUUUAUGGAAUGUGGAACCUAUUUUCCGGAUUCGUGAUCCCUAGACCCAGGAUUCCUGUGUGGUGGAGAUGGUAUUACUGGUCAUGUCCAGUGUCAUGGACCUUGUAUGGACUGCUUAUAUCACAGUUUGGAGACUUGGAGAAUAAGCUUGAUACUGGUGAAACAGUGGAAGACUUCUUAAUGAGCUAUUUUGGUUACAGAAGGGAUUUUCUUGGAGUUGCUGCAGCUGUGGUGGCUGGAUUUGCUGUCAUGUUUGCUUCCAUUUUUGCCUUCUGUAUCAAGGCACUUAAUUUUGAGAGGCGGUAGUAACUGUCUGUAGAAUAUGUAUUUGGUGCAAGAUACCCCAAUUAGGGUUCCAUCUGCAAUAAUGUAGAAGUACAAUAAUGGAGCAUAUAUGACAGUCAUGCCCAUCUUGCUUACAAUGCUGUCAAACACUUUAUUACUGAGACCCUUUGUAAUGUGUAACCAAAAUACAGUCUUCAAGAGUGUGAGAGAAGAAUGAAGCACCAAUAUUAGUGUCAGUGCAAGUAAAGGUUCUUUUAGAUUAUGGUUUGUAUUAAAUG